AUGCUGUUCCUGACCUUAAAUAAGAAAAUAGCCGGCAAUAGAAUGAAGUUCAAUGAACGACUAGUCCGUUUAGCUGUCCUGCUGCCUGAACGUCUCGAGGUCCCUGGAGCCCGCAAUUCCAGUGCCAUUUUGGCGAAGUUCCGCGUGCCACCGCUGUACAAGUCCAAACAUCGAAAGGGCAAAGUAAUGGACCUCGUCGUGUUUGGCUUUCCAAUUAGCAAGAACUAUCUGCUACAAUUCGCCGACGCACACAACAUUCAACUCAAUAGCCAGGAUGCCUUUCAACGUUCACUAGCCGCCUACAUACACAUGGGGUUGGAGGUCGAGAAACAUUUCGAUGCUCGCCUCGUUGAUGUGUGGGAUAGAGACGACGGCUCAGGCGACAAUGCACAUUUCUCCGUCGCCAUUGCUUCCAACAGGACCAGGAGGCACCUGAGCCGCAUGAGGACGUAUCGGUACCUUGAAGCACUUGCUGAGUUCUUGGGCCUAGAUCCUGAGGGAGCAGGAUGGAUGUAUCCAGAACGAGAUAAUAUCGUGGAACUGAUCAGAGAAGGCAGCACGGUUGUUUAG